AUGGUGUGUGUGGCACUCCUCCAACGGUACUCGGUGAUUGGUCUUACCGGCACCCUCAUGUGGAAUCGGAUCCUCGAUCUAUAUGGCUACUUCAAUCUUCUUGGCGGUCACCUCGAGGCAGACAAGGAAGAAGGAGCCCCCCUCACUCCCACGCCCGACCUGUCAUAUCAAGAAUACCUCUGUAGAGAGGAAGAGUGGGACUUUCCGCGCCCUCUACAAGGCAUGGUCGGAAAUGCGGAUCCUCCCCGAGGACUUCGCCAAGGUGCUACAUACCUUGGAGACCGAAUCGUCGGGCUUGAUGGUGAGGAGAUCAUUAUCGGCGCAGAGAUUCCGCCUAUCAAGGUAAUGACCGUUAAGGUCCGUUAUGGGCUAUUGGAUCAGCUUGAACAUAACGCCCGUUAUUUCAGGUUGAUCCAAGCACUUUCGUCAAGUGGAGAAGAAGAUGACGGAGCCAACAACGACUUGGACAAGACUGCCGGCCGCCAGAAUAUCGGAGUCAUGCGCCAACUCGCAUUGUUGGGUUCAACCCACUUCUGGAUAACUUCCUACAAGGGGUCGACAGCCCGGAUUCUAUCAGGAACCUUCUACGAUUUUCACUCUUUUAUUCAAUUCUCUCUUCCCACUUCCCACUUUCCUCCUUCCAUCCAACCUCAAGUUCAGAAGAGACAAAAUCCUCUUGAUUUUGGAAAUGUCUUCGCCAGAUGGCAUGCCCUCCCCGAAGGCUACGAACCCAGCAAUCCCCUCACUCCAGAAGAUUCGCGAGCAACCAUGAGCAACAAGUCUUCGCUGGGGGCAAUUAACCGAGAGAUGCCGUCUAGUCCCGCGACACGCAGAAGAUCUAAUCUGCUUGAGCGAACCAAGCUAUCGCAUGGAAACUUAGCUCAGAUUGAUCAAUGGCUAAUGCCUUAUAAUGUCUGA